UUUUAUAUCAUAUUUCGUCGUUCGAAAUUACAUGAGAUCCCGCCAAGCGCAUGCGCAGUCAAUUCGCCGCGCAAUUGAAUUUUACCGGGAAAGUAACUUUCCCUCAGCAGUCAAAAUACCUAAUUUUCGGCGUUUUUUCGGACCAGCGGUUUCGAAAAAAUACUUCAUUAGGGAGAGAAACUCUCCUUUUUCAUGUUUUUGGAAGACUCUUGAGAAUCUGUGCUGUUUUAUAUCAAAAAUCGAAGUUUUGUUCCGAUUUCCACGUACACGAUGGCGUCUCCGUCAGGCAGCACCAAGCAGAAAACCAGCGAAACGCUGAGCACGGCUAAAGCCGGAACUUCUCCGGGCGAAACCGCCGCGGGCCCCUCUACGAAGCCUGAGCCAAAGCGCUCAUCGGCAGUGAAAUCCUCCGAUACGAAACGCAAAAGUGUCUUGGCAAAGCCUGCCCCGAAUGUGUCUAAGAACUCUGGGCCUAAAAAGAAGGGCAAAAAGCCUGAAGAAAAGGAGGACUUCACGGAUUUACGAGGAAGACUUGACAAAUUGGAAUCCUUAAUGGAGAGAAUGGUGGAUUUUUUGCCUUGUCAAUCUGCAACUCGCCCCACAGGGGAUACACCGUCGACAGCAUGUACAGCUGCGACGAACGUGAGAUUUCUUGAAGUUGAACAUGAUGAUGAUGAUUUUGAGCAUAUUGACACUGGAAACAUGGGCCAAUGCCCUACGUCAUAUGACAUUGGCAGCAUGGAUGAAGGUGAUGUCAACGAAACUGUUGCACCAGGUUUAGACCAGGAGAAUGAGGACAAAGUUCCUGCCCUGGCUCAGAAAUUUGCUAUCCCCACUGGGGUAGGUGGCGUGAUCCACGAUGAUUUAGCAAAGUCUGCCAUGUACCUCAUGUCCCACCAGCUAGAGGAAAAUGUGUUGGAGGAAGCUGGAGGGAAAUACCCUCCUCCAAGCAAUUGUACUCCACUGUGUUGCCCCAAAGUGAAUGCAGCAAUAUGGGAAAACCUAUCCUCGCAAACGAGAAGCCGUGAUUUGAAACUGCAAAGAAUCCAAAAGCCUUUGACAAGGGGACUCACAGCUUUUAUUCAAACUCUGUCCCCCGAUAGCCUAUCUGACACACAACAGGAUGCAUUGGCAUUGCUGUGUAACACAAACUUUGAAAUCAACUGCUUACGCAAAGAUCAGAUUAAGCCAGACUUAAAUGCCAAGUACUCACAUCUAUGCAAACCUGCCACACCAGUGAGUCAGUACUUAUUUGGCGAUGACUUAACAAAGAGAGUCAAAGAUCUUACAGAACAACAAAAAGCUGCAUCUGGCGUGGUGCGUGGACAACGUACACCCCGCCCCCAGUACCAUCCGUACAGGACGCAAGCGUCCAGCACUUUUCAAUACCGCAGACAAGGAUGGAACCGUGCCACCGGCACAUCACAAACUUUUCCAAGUAGCAGGCCCGCAAGUGGGAACUACAACAGGCCUUUUUUAGGCCAGCGAACCCAACGAGGCAGACCUUACAGAGCUCCGCCUCACACCCAGACGAUGAGCAUGGGAAAACAGACCCAAUCCUUCCAGCGGCCACAGGCAGCAAGGAGGAAAUAGCUACACCAUUACCCAAAGAGGUUAUGCGGCAACAUUUUGAGAAUCGGGGACUAAGCAGACGAACAGUGGAUAUCAUAACAACUUCAUGGAGAGCAUCAACCUG